UCCAGGGCAACAGGUCGCCACGCUGUCUGUCCCUGGUCAUCGCCAGAGCCAUGAAGAUGCAUUUCUGCAUCCCGGUGUCCCAGCAGCGGCCAGACUCGCUGGGGGGCCGCUACGUGCUGUACUCCGUGUACCUGGACGGGUUCCUCUUCUGCAAGGUACGCUACAGCCAGCUGCACCGCUGGAACGACCAGCUGAGACGAGUGUUCGGAAACUGCCUGCCCCCUUUCCCACCAAAGCACUAUCUGGCAAUGACCGCCACCAUGGCUGAAGAGAGGAGGGACCAGCUGGAGCGAUACCUGCAGAAUGUAACUGCAGACCCUCGUGUGACGAGAAGCGACGUCUUCACCCAGUUUUUAACACUGGUGCAGAUGCACACAUUGAACAUCACCACCCAGAAAACUGCUCUGGCUGUAUUUCUGCCCAACGGAAGGAGCAUUAACGUGGAGGUUCUAACAUCGGAUACAGCGGAAAGGGUUCUCGAGGUGGUGGCGCACAAACUCGGACUGUAUCCAGAACUCUUGGGCUACUUCGGCCUUUUUCUCAUCCGGUGUUUCCCAGAGGGCAAGAUCUCUGUUGUGAAGAAGCUGGCUGACUUUGAGCUGCCGUCCACUAGUCUUCAGAGUUCUGAGCGGGAAGACUGCAAGAUAGGACUCAGAAAGUGGUACCUGGACCCGGCCCUGGACUCCCUUCUGAUGGAAUGCAGAGCAGCUGGAGACCUGCUGUACAUGCAGGCAGUACAGGCCAUUGACCUAGACUGGGUGAAACCCACACAGGCUCAGAGGGAGGAACUAAAGGCACUCCAGGAGAAGGAGAAUCAAACCAAGUUUCUGGAGCUGUCCCAGGAGGUCCGGCACUACGGGUACAUUCAGCUGGAUCCCUGUACCUGCAACCACCCGGAACCUGGCUGUGGGGCUGUCCUUUCCAUCGGCAACAACGAGAUCAGCUGCUGUGUGACCCUGCCCGACGGCCAGACCCAGGACAUUGCUUUCCAGAUGAGCGGAGUGAAGUGCUGGCAGGUCACCUUCCUCGGAACUCUGCUGGAUACAGACGGGCCCCAGCGAACUCUCAACCAGAACUUAGAGCUGAGAUUUCAGUACAGUGAAGAUAGUCGCCAGCCGUGGUUUGUUGUUUACAGCAAACAGGCUUUUUUCCUGAGUAGCUGCCUGAAGAAGAUGAUCUCAGAGAAGAUGGCGAAGCUCUCUGAGGAGAAUCCAGAAAUGCAGAUCGAGGUUCCGGAACAAGACAGAAGUAAGAAGCAGCCGAGUCAGCACAAGGACUAUUUUAAUUUCCUGAGAAAAAGCAAGAUGAAGAAAGAUGAAGAAGACUGUGUUUGGGGGACCCUCGCGGAAGGAGGGCUCUGAAGGAACCUCAUCGUUUAAACUGUCUUUAGGGCUGUCUCACCCUCUUUGACACUGAGGUGCCCUGUGUUCAUCAGUCUAACUGUAGCACUCGUGACUCUCAGGAUUCAAAUGGUGUAGGAACCAAAGCCACAGACAGCGCUGGCUUAAGUGGCAGGUUCAAAUCCACCAACGGGAGGUUUAUUCUAUGUUCCCUCUAAGGCAGAUGUGUAUUUGGCUCCAUGAAGGCUUUUGUGUGUUCUGAUAUUGCAGGGAUACAAAGCUUGUUCUAAACCGUAAGACUGCACUUGGCACCAAGGCAGAUUCGCCAGUGUAGUUGAAAGUUUUCUCUGGUCCCGCCCGGCCCCUCGGUCCCACAGCCACUUAUAAAAUAAUUACU